CCAUACGCACGCACGUAGCCACAUCCUCACAGAGCGCAUCCAGCAAUCCGUCCCCAUCCAACCACCCUUUCACUGGUAGUCAUCAAGGCAGACCCGGUGGAGACGCCUACUUUCAUUCACUCUCCAAACUGGACACAAGAAUCUCGAUCGCUCUAACGAAUAGCAUAACUCCAGCCUCUACCAGCAGCAGUACCAUGGCAACCAAGAGACCAGGGGACAGGACCUCUUCUUCAGGACCACAGUCAUGUCCCUCUACAGCAGUAAGACCCACAGACAGCAGGCAGCCUGGGGCAGAGACACAGGAGACACUGGUGUACAUGCAGUGCUGUGGGCAGGAAGCCCCUAACUUGACAGAGAGGAACAGUCAUAGGAAAAUCAUGGAUAGAAACCAUCAGGGCCCAGUCUUCGUGCCCCAGGGGAGGACUGAGAGGGUCUGGACCCACCCCCCGGCUCCCCGGCAGACUACAACUCCCACAAUACCCUCCUGCCCUGUGUCUGCCCCUUACAGUUUCUGGAGCCCAGGGUCGGUGGAGAUGGAUGAGAUCAUGGCAGCCAUGGUUCUGACCAGUCUGUCCUGCAGCUCUGUGGUCCAGAGCUCUCCUCAGAGUCAGAAUGACUCUUUACCAGGUUCAUCAUCAGGGGGCGGAGACAUGGAGUGUGGGGGCGGGGAGCUUUCGGACAGCGGCAGCAGUGGCUACUGGAGCUGGGACCAUGGCAACGUUAGUCCCGCUCUGUCCCCUUCUGUCGCCGAGAUGGACAGCAGCCCAGAUGAAGGACUGCAUAUGGAGCUGGAGCAGGGGGGUGAGCUACAUACAGCCGCAAGGUCAAAGAGUUCUUUCAGAGGAGCGUACAGGUGUCUGUGGCCCAGCUGUGGCAAGGUGCUCACGUCUUCAGUUGGGAUGAAGAGACAUGUCCGUGUGCUGCACCUGGGCAGUGGAUCGGAGCAGUCCCCAAGAGAGGAGGACUUCUACUACACAAAGAUCUCCUGCGAAGCUCCAGCAGACCCCUCUCCCGUCUCCCCUCUUCCCCCAGACCCCUCUCUCGUCUCCCCUCUUCCCCCAGACCCCUCUCCUGUCUCCCCUCUUCCCCCAGCCCACCUCCCGGCUUCGUCCCCUCACGUCCCCUGGGGGUCCUGUGGCUCCCCUCUAAGCCCUGAUCCAGAUUCCGGUCUUCAGAUCACCUCCUUAGGGUCAGGGAGCUCCAGGCCCAGCUCAGGCCCAGAGUCAGCCCCAUACCAGCACAGACCUCUCAGCCAGUCUGCCCCCAGCUCCUCCUGGCAGAUACAGACAGACCAUCUCUAUCAGGCCUGCGCUCCCCUCCAGGUGACCAUGUCCUCCUGCAGCCCCUCCCCCUGUUGUUGGACCCCUCCCCCUCUCACCGUCUCUAACCAGCACAGCCAUCACAACACCCAGGUGAUGACGGGUCGCUGCAGGUCUGUGAGUGUCGGAGAACAGUGGCUUCAACAGAGCAGUGCCACCAACAGGCUAACCACCUUGAGAGCAGCCUCCCCGUCACGCUCUCACUGCUCCUUCAGGAAGGGGCGAGGGGAGGCCAAGAAGUGUCGUAAGGUGUACGGAGUGGAGCGCAAGGAGCAGUGGUGCACGGCCUGUCGCUGGAAGAAAGCAUGCCAGCGCUUCCCAGACUAAACGAGUGUGUGAACGAAGGAUGAUGAAAGAAAGAGACUAAAACAGAGAGGACACGAUCAGGGCCUGUGGGCUAUCAACAACAACAACUUCCUUUUUUUAUACCUUGUUUAUUUUCCCCUCAAGGAAUAAAGUUCUGUUUUUUAUACGUUGACCUGAGAAGUAAGUCAGUGUGCGAUGGUGGUGCUAGUAGCUAGUAGGUUAGACUGUGUUAUGUGGUAGGCCUACGAUGCUCUUCCGUCCCAGACCUGUUUCUGCUGUGUAGCAUGGCAACAACCAUAGGAGUUAGCUAUACACAGGGAUGGAACUUUUGGGCACUGGCUAGUUGCCCUGGGUAACAUUUGGGUCCAAAGUAUGCGCCAUACAAUAUUUCUAAGAACAAACUUAGACUGGCCUGGUGUGAUCUGAACAGUACUAGCGGGCUAGCUUCAUAUCCUACUAGCCUGGUCUGAACAGUACUAGUGGGCUAGCUUCAUAUCCUGCUAGCCUGGUCUGAACGGUACUAGCGGGCUAGCUUCAUAUCCUACUAGCCUGGUCUGAACAGUACUAGCGGGCUAGCUUCAUAUCCUACUAGCCUGGUCUGAACAGUACUAGCGGGCUAGCUUCAUAUCCUACUAGCCUGGUCUGAACAGUACUAGCGGGCUAGCUUCAUAUCCUACUAGCCUUGUCUGAACAGUACUAGCGGGCUAGCUUCAUAUCCUACUAGCCUUGUCUGAACAGUACUAGCGGGCUAGCUUCAUAUCCUACUAGCCUGGUCUGAACAGUACUAGCGGGCUAGCUUCAUAUCCUACUAGCCUUGUCUGAACAGUACUAGCGGGCUAGCUUCAUAUCCUACUAGCCUGGUCUGAACAGUACUAGCGGGCUAGCUUCAUAUCCUACUAGCCUGGUCUGAACAGUACUAGCGGGCUAGCUUCAUAUCCUACUAGCCUGGUCUGAACAGUACUAGCGGGCUAGCUUCAUAUCCUACUAGCCUUGUCUGAACAGUACUAGUGGGCUAGCUUCAUAUCCUACUAGCCUGGUCUGAACAGUACUAGCGGGCUAGCUUCAUAUCCUACUAGCCUGGUCUGAACAGUACUAGCGGGCUAGCUUCAUAUCCUACUAGCCUUGUCUGAACAGUACUAGCGGGCUAGCUUCAUAUCCUACUAGCCUGGUCUGAACACUACUAGCGGGCUAGCUUCAUAUCCUACUAGCCUGGUCUGAACAGUACUAGCGGGCUAGCUUCAUAUCCUACUAGCCUGGUCUGAACAGUACUAGCGGGCUAGCUUCAUAUCCUACUAGCCUGGUCUGAACAGUACUAGCGGGCUAGCUUCAUAUCCUACUAGCCUGGUCUGAACAGUACUAGCGGGCUAGCUUCAUAUCCUACUAGCCUGGUCUGAACAUUACUAGCGGGCUAGCUUCAUAUCCUACUAGCCUGGUCUGAACAGUACUAGGGGGCUAGCUUCAUAUCCUACUAGCCUGGUCUGAACAGUACUAGCGGGCUAGCUUCAUAUCCUACUAGCCUGGUCUGAACGGUACUAGCGGGCUAGCUUCAUAUCCAUCCCUGGUUGUACUCUUGAACAAGGCACUUAACCCUUAACUGCUCUCCAUCCAGGAUUCUUCUUCUUCUGUACAGCAAACUGAUCUGUCCCCAGGUUCCUUCCACCUUCCACUGAGAGCAUCUCUCCUCGCCUUCCACUGAGAACAUCUCUCCUCACCUUCCACUGAGCAUCUCUCCUCACCUUCCACUGAGAACAUCUCUCCUCACCUUCCACUGAGAACAUUUCUCCUCACCUUCCACUGAGCAUCUCUCCUCACCUUCCACUGAGCAUCUCUCCUCACCUUCCACUGAGAGCAUCUCUCCUCACCUUCCACUGAGUAUCUCUCCUCACCUUCCACUGAGCAUCUCUCCUCACCUUCCACUGAGAGCAUCUCUCCUCACCUUCCACUGAGAGCAUCUCUCCUCACCUUCCACUGAGAGCAUCUCUCCUCACCUUCCACUGAGCAUCUCUCCUCACCUUCCACUGAGAGCAUCUCUCCUCACCUUCCACUGAGCAUCUCUCCUCACCUUCCACUGAGAACAUUUCUCCUCACCUUCCACUGAGCAUCUCUCCUCACCUUCCACUGAGCAUCUCUCCUCACCUUCCACUGAGAGCAUCUCUCCUCACCUUCCACUGAGCAUCUCUCCUCACCUUCCACUGAGAGCAUCUCUCCUCACCUUCCACUGAGAGCAUCUCUCCUCACCUUCCACUGAGAGCAUCUCUCCUCACCUUCCACUGAGCAUCUCUCCUCACCUUCCACUGAGCAUCUCUCCUCACCUUCCACUGAGAGCAUCUCUCCUCACCUUCCACUGAGCAUCUCUCCUCACCUUCCACUGAGAACAUUUCUCCUCACCUUCCACUGAGCAUCUCUCCUCACCUUCCACUGAGCAUCUCUCCUCACCUUCCACUGAGAGCAUCUCUCCUCACCUUCCACUGAGAGCAUCUCUCCUCACCUUCCACUGAGAACAUCUCUCCUCACCUUCCACUGAGAGCAUCUCUCCUCACCUUCCACUGAGAACAUUUCUCCUCACCUUCCACUGAGAGCAUCUAUCCUCUCCUUCCACUGAGAGCAUUUAUCCUCACCUUCCACUGAGAGCAUUUAUCCUCACCUUCCACUGAGAACAUUUAUCCUCACCUUCCACUGAGAACAUUUAUCCUCACCUUCCACUGAGAACAUUUCUCCUCACCCUCCACUGAGAGCAUCUAUCCUCUCCUUCCACUGAGAGCAUUUAUCCUCACCUUCCACUGAGAGCAUUUAUCCUCACCUUCCACUGAGAACAUUUAUCCUCACCUUCCACUGAGAACAUUUAUCCUCACCUUCCACUGAGAGCAUCUAUCCUCUCCUUCCACUGAGAGCAUUUAUCCUCACCUUCCACUGAGAGCAUUUAUCCUCACCUUCCACUGAGAACAUUUAUCCUCACCUUCCACUGAGAACAUUUAUCCUCACCUUCCACUGAGAACAUUUUUCCUCACCUUCCACUGAGAACAUUUCACCUCACCUUCCACUGAGAACAUUUAUCCUCACCUUCCACUGAGAACAUUUAUCCUCACCUACCACUGAGCAUUUCACCUCACCUUCCACUGAGAGCAUCUAUCCUCUCCUUCCACUGAGAGCAUUUAUCCUCACCUUCCACUGAGAACAUUUAUCCUCACCUUCCACUGAGAGCAUCUAUCCUCUCCUUCCACUGAGAGCAUUUAUCCUCACCUUCCACUGAGAGCAUUUAUCCUCACCUUCCACUGAGAACAUUUAUCCUCACCUUCCACUGAGAACAUUUAUCCUCACCUUCCACUGAGAACAUUUUUCCUCACCUUCCACUGAGAACAUUUAUCCUCACCUUCCACUGAGAACAUUUAUCCUCACCUUCCACUGAGAACAUUUAUCCUCACCUUCCACUGAGCAUUUCUCCUCACCUUCCACUGAGAACAUUUAUCCUCACCUUCCACUGAGAACAUUUAUCCUCACCUACCACUGAGCAUUUCUCCUCACCUUCCACUGAGAACAUUUAUCCUCACCUUCCACUGAGAACAUUUAUCCUCACCUACCACUGAGCAUUUCACCUCACCUUCCACUGAGAGCAUCUAUCCUCUCCUUCCACUGAGAGCAUUUAUCCUCACCUUCCACUGAGAACAUUUAUCCUCACCUUCCACUGAGAGCAUCUAUCCUCUCCUUCCACUGAGAGCAUUUAUCCUCACCUUCCACUGAGAACAUUUAUCCUCACCUUCCACUGAGAGCAUCUAUCCUCUCCUUCCACUGAGAGCAUUUCUCCUCACCUUCCACUGAGAGCAUUUAUCCUCACCUUCCACUGAGAACAUUUAUCCUCACCUUCCACUGAGAACAUUUUUCCUCAGCUUCCACUGUGUGUUUUUUCUCUUCUUCUUCAACAUUUCAUUUUUCCCUGUGGUCUCUACGGAGGUAAUGGAAACCUGUUACUUCUACAUGGUGUGCUAUCUAUGAGUUCUUCCUUUGGACUAUUUUGUGUUUGUGUCUCUUUUUAAAUGAUUGUCUUUCUGUCCCGCCUGAGAGGUAGGCAGAGGUUUAUGUUAUGUUUUGGCACAUUUUAUGGAAAUGUAUUUUACAAGGAUAAUGAUAAAUAAGCUACAUUUGGUUUGACUCGUUGUGGUUUGAAUGGAGUCAGUUCCUUCCAUAACAGUAUUUUACUCUUCUCCGUCUUGGUAAUCAUCGUUAUGGUUCUGUCUGUAUAAGCUUCUGGACAGUAUUGGGGUGAAUUUGAAUUGGGCAGUCAAUUCAGGAAUUAAACUGAAAUUCCAAUUUAAAAAAAA